UUGGGGCCUCGGGGGGCACACGCGGAGGGCGGUGGCCGAGGACCCCCCGGGGCGCAGCUGCCGCUCCAGAUGCUGCUGCUGCCGCCGCGGCCGCCCCACCCUCGGUCCUCCUCCCCCGAGGCCAUGGACCCGCCGCCCCCCAAGGCGCCCCCUUUCCCCAAGACGGAAGGGCCUCCCUCCACUCCCUCCUCGGCGGCGGGGCCCCGACCCCCGCGGCUGGGCCGCCACCUGCUUAUCGACGCCAACGGGGUCCCCUACACGUACACGGUGCAGCUGGAGGAGGAGCCCCCGGGCGCGCCGCCGCGCGAGGCGCCCCCGGGGGAGCCCGGCCCGCGCAAGGGCUACAGCUGCCCGGAGUGCGCCCGCGUCUUCGCCAGCCCGCUGCGGCUGCAGAGCCACCGCGUGUCGCACUCGGACCUCAAGCCCUUCACGUGCGGCGCCUGCGGCAAGGCCUUCAAGCGCUCCAGCCACCUG